UAAACUAUUCGGGCACUACAUUGACCUUUUUGGCGUUUUAAGGAACUCUGGCGGAGUCCGAAGCUGUGCGUUGGAUCUCCUGUCGAACGAGGUCUUUCGAGCUUUCUUCUUGGGCAGCUGUGACAUCUCAAGCGACAUGGAACCUUCCGAUCUCUCCUUGAGCCGGCCGUCGCCCCGGCGCGAGCUCCAAGGCCCCCGACCGACCCCCCUCCAGGUCCGAAAGGACUCCCACAAGAUCAGGAAGCCACCGGCCGCGGCGCCUCCCCAGACUCGGCAACCGGUCAUCAUCUACACCGUCUCGCCCAAGGUCAUCCACGCCAGCCGUAGCGAGUUCAUGUCGCUGGUGCAACGCCUCACCGGCGCCGCCUCGUCUUCCGCCGAUCCUACUGCGGCUGCUUCGCGUUCUCGCGGGGACUCGGCCGGAGGAGCACCGCUGUCGCCGGCAGCUCGGUUAGCCGUGUUCGAGAGGACGUCUCACCCGGCGUCCAACCGAGAUGUUCUGGAUCAACUGGAGAUCGAUGGUCCGAUGACAUCGAGUCGAGCCGGUCUCUUCCCCGGCAUCCUGUCCCCGGUCCCUUCUUCUCUGCCACCGGUGUCCCCCAACCUGUUCUCGGCGUCCACCGUCCCGAGUGAGCUUAACCUCUUCAACGAACUCAGCCCUGCUUUCCAUGGGGGCAAGAGCUAUGUCGAGAAUCCCUUCUUGCCCAGCCCCAACAACUUCCUAUCCACUCCCAUCCUCCCUUCUCCCGGUGCAUUUUGGGACCUCUUCAAUCAAAACGAGGAGUGUUAGCUCAAGAGAAGGGCAAAGAAGACAUGGUGAGGCCUUCUUAUUCCUCUUGUGGGAGCUAAUCGCAUCUCAUAUGUAACAACAACAACCUCAACAAUCGAUCGAUUUAGAGUAGUUGAUGAAUUCUUAUUACACCAUCAGAUCAUGAUUCAUGCAACACAGAAUUGUAAGUUCUUUUUGUUUGCCUAAUACUUGAUUAUUCUUUUGCCUUUCA